CGUGUAACUGUGGGAAUCAUGCCCGCUGGCGUGUCGUGGGGUCAGUACACCAAAUUCCUGGCCAGCGCAAUGCUGGCCAUGAUGGCCGGUUCCCAGGCGGUGCAUCUGUACUACAAGCCUCUCGAAGAUCUGCCCGUCUACAUAGAGCGGGAGCAGAAGCCGCCCGCCAAUCAGGACGCCAGCCCAUAAACUACAUAUAUUUGUAGAUUCUGUAAGAACUAAUGUAUUGACUAAUGCUAAUUAAAUUUCAGUUGUUAGACAGAGA